AACUCAAAGAGUGUGCAGCGUUGGGCAAAGACGAUAGACAAGAAAAUCUGAUCAUAGAACUCUGUUAAAAUGAAGGGGUUGUUACUCGUGCUGAGUGUGCUCGCUGCAGCCACUGCCAUGCCGUCUGCUUCAGAAGAGACGUGCCAGGUGAUGAAAGAAACUUUCAUGAAGAAAAUUCAGACGCGAGUUGGUAAGGAGUUUGUUCCUCUAAGUUCGACGAAGAAGAGCAACUUCCACACCUGUGACAUCAACGGCAACCGAGCUCUCGAGGAGGCCGAGUUCGCGGGUUGCCUGCACAAUCUUGUCUCUGACGGAACUCAGUUCGAUAACGAUGCUCUGGUGAUCAGGCUCGGUUGCUUCCACAAGUUCCACCGACAAGCGGACAAGAAUGACGAUCAGAAAGUUACGAAAGUUGAGUUCGACAACUGGACUAAAUUAGGCUUCUUCGACAUCGUCUUGGCGGCGAGUGGACAGUCAACCGUGGACGGCGGCCCUGAUUCAACAGCAGUUGACGUCGUCAUUGACGAUACUCCUGUCAGCUCCCGACAGGUGAAGGAAGUCAAAGGCAUAAUCAAAGCUUUGAUCAAAGGCGACACUGGUCUCGCCAUUGUUCGUCUGUAUGGCUUAUUGACUGGUACCGACGUGAGCAACUACGACCCUCUUCUAAUCAAGGCCGUGAACAACGCGUUGGCGGCCAUCAGUGCUGGGGAUAUUCCCAGCGCCAUCGGCAACGUUUUCAGUAUCGUUGCUGGCGUUGUCGCUAGUGAGAAUAACAUCCAAAUCUCUCAAGCUACUAUCUCCUCCGUUGGCCGCCUCCUCACUGCAUUGAUCCAAUCAAACACAACGCAAGUCAACGUUGAAGUUUAUAUCUCAGUGUCCGGCAUCCUGACCGGCCUAACGCCCAUCAGCGAUGCCAGCGCAAAAGCCAUUGCCGAACUCGUCGUUUCCAUCAUCAACGGAACCAUUGGCAACGUUUCGACUGAUCAGCUAAUCAAGACUUUGGUCAUUGCUGCUGGAGAAGCCGCUAGCAUCAGUAACGAAGGCAGUCUUGCUAUUUAUGCUGUGAUUCAAGGCCUACGAAACAACAACACCGCCGAUGUCACUGCGAAUUUAAACUUGGCGAUUGGUGCUCUCCUGGGAGCCACGACAGGUGUUGGCACGGCUGCAGGUGGGGCUCUAGUCCAACUAAUUCAAGCUAUCAUUAUUAACGACCAAGUCAAUGCUGCACUUUACACCGCUAAUCUCUACACUGCGCUCACCGGAGGAGGCUGCACUCCGAAAGUUUUCUUGGGCAUACCACUCGGAAAGUAACAUUUCACUUAUAAUAUAUAUUGAUGAGCUGAUCUAUACUUGGAUAUUCCGGCUAUAACCUGACCAUGAACAUUUCUAACAAGACUCUACGUCAUCUCUGAUGAAAGUAAUUCUUUCCACCGUGUGUUUGAACGAUUUCAAAUGUCGUGUGCUCUGUCUUAAAAAAAAUAAUAAUCAAAGGAUAAAUGCAAAAGAUUGACCAUGAAGUCAAUCACGUUCAAUUGUAAUAAUUCAUGUAUAAUUUAUGCACAAUAUUUUUCUAACUUGAACUCCGGAAUACUAAUGAUAUGAAUUCUUACUAGAUACUAUACGUUUGCUUGAUCGUGUAUUGACAGAUUAUUCGUAUGUGGACGGUACAUUGGAAAUUCUCUUACCUUCGUCGUAUAUAUAAGACCUGCUUGUCGGGGAUAAAUUAAAUGAAAUUUUAUAUUUAUUUUCUUAGGGACACGAUGUGCUGUAAGCAUUCGAGUUUCAAUUGCUAUUUAAUGAAAAUUUAUAUGAUUUUCGUAAGCAGACUAAAUAUAUAAGCAUUCAUGCGAAAA